GCUCCCGAGCUCUCAUAAGGUGCCUCCGCCGCGCGCUCCCGAGCCUUCAGAAGUUGGGGCACGUCCCGGCGCGCACCCCCUAGCCCUCGAGGUGGUCUCACGCCCCGGGUGGGGGUGCCGAAUCCUCAGGAGGAGUGCUCCCUGGGGCCCUCAGGAGGGGGUCCCGGCUCCCGAGCCCCUCAGGAGGGGGCCCCCGGCACGCACCCCCGAGCCAGGAGGGGGUACCCAGAGCCCCAGGGGGGUGUCCCGGUGCGCCCCCCGAACCGGGGCUGUCCCGAUCCCUCGGGGGCGGGGGUGGGGUCCUGGCGCGCGCCCUCGAGCCAAGAAUGGGUGUCCGAAGCUCUUAGGGGCGUCCGAUUCCUCAGGAGGGUUUCCCAGAGCGCGCCCCUAAGCCCUCAGGAGUAGCCGGGCGCGGCGGCGGUUGGACUCGGGCACGCGGGCGGGGCGGGGCGGGGCGCGCGAGGAGGACGGGGCGGAGGCCGCGCGGACCGGGGCGGGCGGAGCGGAGCUGGGCGGGCGGCGGCGGCGGCGCUCGGGGCGGGGCGCGGCGGUUCCGGCCCAGCCAUGGCGGACGAGGCCCCGCGGAAGGGCAGCUUCUCGGCGCUCGUGGGCCGCACCAACGGCCUCACCAAGCCCGCGGCCCUGGCCGCCGCGCCCGCCAAGGCGGGGGGCGCGGGCGGCUCCAAGAAGCUGGUCAUCAAGAACUUCCGAGACAGACCCCGGCUGCCCGACAACUACACGCAAGACACGUGGCGGAAGCUGCACGAGGCGGUGCGGGCCGUGCAGAGCAGCACCUCCAUCAGGUACAACCUCGAGGAGCUCUACCAGGCUGUGGAGAAUCUCUGUUCUCACAAAGUCUCCCCAAUGCUGUACAAGCAACUACGUCAGGCCUGUGAGGACCACGUCCAGGCACAGAUCCUUCCAUUUAGAGAAGACUCACUAGAUAGUGUUUUAUUUUUAAAGAAGAUUAACACAUGCUGGCAGGACCACUGCAGACAAAUGAUCAUGAUUAGAAGCAUCUUCCUGUUCUUGGACCGCACCUAUGUGCUGCAGAACUCCACGCUGCCCUCCAUCUGGGAUAUGGGAUUAGAACUGUUUAGAACCCAUAUUAUUAGUGAUAAAAUGGUUCAAAGUAAAACCAUUGAUGGAAUCCUGCUGCUGAUCGAGCGCGAGAGGAGCGGCGAGGCCGUGGACCGGAGCCUGCUGCGGAGCCUGUUGGGCAUGCUGUCUGACCUACAGGUGUAUAAAGACUCAUUUGAACUGAAAUUUUUGGAAGAGACUAACUGCUUAUAUGCUGCCGAAGGCCAAAGGUUAAUGCAGGAAAGAGAGGUUCCAGAAUAUCUCAACCAUGUAAGUAAACGUUUAGAGGAAGAAGGAGACAGAGUGAUCACUUACUUGGACCACGGCACACAGAAACCACUGAUUGCUUGUGUGGAGAAACAGCUGUUAGGAGAACAUUUAACAGCAAUUCUGCAGAAAGGGCUUGACCACUUACUGGAUGAGAACAGAGUGCCGGACCUCGCGCAGAUGUACCAGCUGUUCAGCCGGGUGAGGGGCGGGCAGCAGGCGCUGCUGCAGCACUGGAGCGAGUACAUCAAGACUUUUGGGACAGCGAUCGUCAUCAAUCCUGAGAAAGAUAAAGACAUGGUCCAAGACCUGCUGGACUUCAAGGACAAGGUGGACCACGUGAUCGAGGUCUGCUUCCAGAAGAACGAGCGGUUCGUCAACCUGAUGAAGGAGUCCUUUGAGACGUUCAUUAACAAGAGACCCAACAAGCCUGCAGAGCUAAUCGCAAAGCAUGUGGAUUCAAAGUUAAGAGCAGGCAACAAAGAAGCCACAGACGAGGAGUUGGAGCGGACGUUGGACAAGAUCAUGAUCCUGUUCAGGUUCAUCCACGGUAAAGAUGUCUUUGAAGCAUUUUAUAAAAAAGAUUUGGCGAAAAGACUCCUUGUUGGGAAAAGUGCCUCAGUUGAUGCCGAAAAGUCUAUGUUGUCAAAGCUCAAGCAUGAGUGUGGCGCAGCCUUCACCAGCAAGCUGGAAGGCAUGUUCAAGGACAUGGAGCUUUCAAAGGACAUCAUGGUUCAUUUUAAGCAGCAUAUGCAGAAUCAGAGUGACUCAGGCCCUAUAGACCUCACAGUGAACAUACUCACAAUGGGCUACUGGCCAACGUACACGCCCAUGGAAGUGCACUUAACCCCAGAAAUGGUUAAACUUCAGGAAGUAUUUAAGGCAUUUUAUCUUGGAAAGCACAGUGGUCGAAAACUUCAAUGGCAAACUACUUUGGGACAUGCUGUUUUAAAAGCGGAGUUUAAAGAAGGGAAGAAGGAAUUCCAGGUGUCCCUCUUCCAGACGCUGGUGCUCCUCAUGUUCAACGAGGGAGAUGGCUUCAGCUUCGAGGAGAUAAAAAUGGCCACGGGGAUAGAGGAUAGUGAAUUGCGCAGAACGCUGCAGUCCCUGGCCUGCGGCAAAGCGCGUGUGCUGGUGAAAAGUCCCAAAGGAAAGGAAGUGGAAGACGGAGACAAGUUCGUUUUUAAUGGAGAGUUCAAGCACAAGCUGUUUAGAAUAAAGAUCAAUCAAAUCCAGAUGAAGGAAACUGUUGAGGAACAAGUUAGCACCACUGAGAGAGUGUUUCAGGAUAGACAAUAUCAGAUUGAUGCUGCUAUCGUCAGAAUAAUGAAGAUGAGAAAGACUCUUGGUCAUAAUCUUCUAGUUUCUGAAUUAUAUAAUCAGCUGAAAUUUCCAGUAAAGCCUGGAGAUUUGAAAAAGAGAAUUGAAUCUCUGAUAGACAGAGACUAUAUGGAGAGAGACAAAGACAAUCCGAAUCAGUACCACUACGUGGCCUGACGCAUCUGCAGACUGUUCCCCUUCAGGAAACACUAGAAUGUACCCUCAGAGCAGGAAGCACACCUGUGCCAUUUCUGGGACUCUGACUGAUCCAGCUGUGGACAUUGGAAGGUGAAGGAAGGGAGGUGGCUCCUGGGUCAUCCUUCACAAGGCUGAAGACUUCAACCGGCAGAUGUAUCUUUUUCCCUCCAAUUUUUCCUCUAGUUCUUUUAGGCAUUUAAAUUGUUUCUGUUACUCUGUGCAAAAUAACUUUGAGAUUGGACAAGAAGAUAUUGCUAAAGAGAAGUUCCUUUAAAAGGUCUUGUUCUUGUGUCAAAAAGCUGAAAGUUUGGUUUGUUCUUGUGUGUGAUCAUGAAUGCACAAUGAAGAAGACCCUAGAUGCUGCAUUUUUUAGCUCUGAAGAUUCCUUAGGUAACCCUCAAGACAGCUCGCUCAGAUGACCAGCAUUUAGAGUGAAGACGAGGGCCCUUCGUGGGUGAGCAUGAGAAAGAGCCAGGGUUCAAAGCUGGCGAAUGGAUGGUGCAUCUUAGCCACUGGCCUCUCUGUGUUUCCUGUAUUUCCAAAAGUUAUAAACUUUGAUGGCUGAUUUUUUGUAAGGUUUCUAAGUGAGCUCCCUGACGUGCCAAGGCCAUGGUGUCCGCCCUGCUGCGUCUGUUCAUUUCAGCUGAGUUGCUUGUGAAUCUCUGUUUUAGGGUUUGGGGCUAGCGUGUUUGUGUUUCCAUUCUAAGAUUGAGUCUGGCAGUCCCUGUUUUUUUGCAUUGGGGUAACUGCUCUUUGAUUUUUUUUAAUUGCAGUAUUUGUAUGAUUGCAAUAAUAAAGUUUGGUUUGGUUUUUACAGUCAUGCGCAGGGAUGAUCCUUGUUCUCUGCUGUAAACUGUAAAAAGUUUAUGGAGACUUAAAGUCUUGAUGUUGUGAAGCAGAGGUUAUUUUGUGGAAAGAUUAAAAGGAUUUUGUUGGUA